AUGCGGGGCCCGGCCGUGCGCGGGGCCUUUUAUGGGGCCGCGCCCCCGCCCACGGCCCGGCCCCGCCGCCGCGGCGCCCCCUGCCGGCCCCUCCUCCCGGCGGCGGGCCGGGGGCGGGGCCGGCAGGGGGAGGGGCUGCUCGGCACUGACCCGCGGGCGCGUGGGCCCGCUCGCCCCGUGGCUCUCCGGCCGGCGCGUGGCGGUGCCCGCCCCGCCGGGUCUGCCCGGGGUUUCGCGCGCCGAUGCCUCCCCGUGAGGAGGCCGCGGCAGCACGUAACGCGCCGCGGCCGUUCCGCCGGGCCGGGCAGCCCACAGCGCGGCGGCCUGCCCGCCGGGCCGGGCCUUUUCCGCGCUCUCCCGAGACAGCCGCAGGCACGUGAAAUGGCCGCAGAUGACAAACAGUCUCCGACACUGGACUCUACCGGUGAUCUACCUCAUUCUCCUAGUAGUCCAUCUCACCUCACUCACUUCAAACCCCUGACUCCUGACCAGGAUGACCCUCCUUUCAAAUCAGCCUACAGCUCUUUUGUGAAUCUCUUCCGUUUCAGCAGAGAUGAUGGCAGGCUUUCAUCCCCGGCAGAGAGAGCAGAGGCAGGACAGAGUGAUCCACAGGUGUUGAGCAGUGGCUGGUCCAGUCCUCAGCAUCCCACCAGGGCUCAGUCUCUGAGGUCGCCGGUUCCUUACAAAAAACAGCUGACUGGUGAGCUGCAAAGAAGAUCUUCUACAACCCUGGACAAUCGAAGAAAAGUUGAACCGCCUCUUGGAGGUCAUGAUCCUCGAACAGCUGUUCAGUUAAGAAGCCUCAGCACUGUUUUAAAGCGUCUCAAAGAAAUCAUGGAGGGGAAGAGCCAGGACAGUGACUUGAAGCAGUACUGGAUGCCUGACAGCCAGUGCAAAGAAUGCUAUGACUGCAGUGAGAAAUUCACCACCUUCCGGCGGAGGCACCACUGUCGACUUUGUGGGCAGAUCUUCUGUAGUCGAUGCUGCAAUCAGGAAAUCCCUGGAAAAUUCAUGGGCUACACAGGGGAUCUCCGAGCCUGCACUUACUGCCGCAAAAUAGCCUUAAGCUAUGCACACUCCACAGACAGUAACUCCAUUGGAGAAGACUUAAAUGCUCUGUCCGAUUCUGCAUGUUCUGUAUCAGUGCUGGAUCCCGGUGAGCCACGCACACCAGUUGGGAGUCGUAAAGCUAGCCGCAACAUCUUUCUGGAGGAGGAUCUAACCUGGCAAAGUUUGAUUCACCCAGACUCUUCAACUACCACGUUGUCUGCACGCCUUGGGUCUGUCCAGGAGGAUGCAGGGAAGUCGCCAGCUAGGAACAGAUCAGCCAGCAUCACUAACCUGUCACUGGAUCGGUCAGGUUCACCAAUGGUGCCUGCCUAUGAGACAUCUGUCAGCCCCCAGGCCAGUCGCACACAUUUGAAGGCAGAGACCAGUGAGGACGAGCGCAAAAUCCUUUUGGACUCAGUCCAGCUGAAAGACUUGUGGAAGAAAAUCUGCCAUCACAACAGUGGGAUGGAGUUUCAAGACCAUCGCUACUGGCUGCGGACGCAUCCCAACUGCAUUGUGGGAAAAGAGCUGGUCAACUGGCUCAUCAGAAAUGGGCACAUAACCACAAGGGUCCAAGCCAUUGCAAUAGGACAAGCGUUGGUUGAUGGACGCUGGCUAGAAUGUGUCAGUCAUCAUGAUCAGCUCUUCAGAGAUGAGUAUGCUCUCUACAGACCGUUACAGAGCACAGAGUUCUCGGAAACCCCAUCUCCAGACAGUGACUCGGUGAACUCUGUAGAGGGGCACUCUGAGCCAUCCUGGUUCAAAGACAUAAAAUUUGAUGACAGUGACACAGAGCAGAUUGCUGAUGAAGGAGAAGAUAACUUAGCCAACUCCGCCAGCCCUAGCAAGCGCACUUCAGUCAGCAGCUUCCAGUCCACAAUGGACAGUGAUUCAGCCGCCUCCAUCAGCCUGAACGUGGAGCUGGACAACGUGAACUUCCAUAUCAAGAAGCACUCCAAGUACCCACAUGUGCCCCCUCACCCUGCCGACCAAAAAGAGUACUUGAAUCCUGAAAACGGAGGGCAGCAGAUGUUCUCUAUAAGUGAUGCUUUUAUUAAAGAGUCAUUAUUCAACAGGAGGGUGGAGGAGAAGUCCAAAGAACUCUUUUUCACGCCCCUAGGCUGGCACCACAGCAAUCUGGAUCUGCUGAGAGAAGAGAAUGGGGAGAAACAGGCCAUGGAAAGGCUGCUGUCUGCUAAUCACAACCACAUGAUGGCACUGCUUCAGCAGCUUCUAUACAAUGAGUCCCUGUCACUGUCCUGGAGGGAUAUCAUUGUACCUGUGGUCUGCCAGGUAGUUCAAACUGUACGGCCUGAUGUCAAGAACAGAGAUGAUGACAUGGAUAUCCGCCAGUUUGUCCAUAUCAAAAAAAUCCCUGGUGGAAAGAAAUUUGACUCCAUGGUGGUGAAUGGAUUUGUUUGCACUAAGAAUGUGGCACAUAAAAAGAUGAACUCUUGCUUAAAAAAUCCCAAAAUUCUUCUGUUGAAGUGCUCAAUUGAGUACCUCUAUAGAGAAGAAACAAAGUUUACCUGCAUAGACCCUAUAGUACUUCAGGAAAGGGAGUUCCUGAAGAACUAUGUACAGCGGAUAGUUGAUGUCAGGCCUAAUUUGGUCCUUGUUGAAAAGACCGUGUCCCGAAUUGCCCAGGACAUGCUCUUAGAGCAUGGUAUCACUCUGGUCAUCAACGUCAAGCCGCAAGUCUUAGACCGGGUAAGUCGAAUGACCCAGGGAGACUUAGUGAUGUCAAUGGAUCAACUGUUGACCAAACCGCGUUUGGGAACCUGUCAUAAAUUUUAUAUGCAAGUUUUUCAGUUGCCUAAUGAUCAGACAAAAACCCUGAUGUUCUUUGAAGGGUGUCCCCAGCACCUGGGUUGCACCAUCAAGUUGUGUGGUGCUGCAGAGUAUGAGCUGGCCCGUGUGAAGGAGAUCCUGAUCUUCAUGGUCUGUGUGGCUUAUCAUUCCCAGCUGGAAAUAUCUUUCCUUAUGGAUGAGUUUGCCAUGCCCCCUACUCUGACCAAAAACACCUCCUUUCACUCCCUUAUUGAGGAGCCAGGAGAUGAAAAUGAACAACAGAACCUCUUCAAUGGUGAGGAUUUCAGCACAGCAGUCAGAGACAUUGAACUAUCCUCUGAAAAGCUGCCUGUAAUCUCUGAGUCGGUGUCCUCUGAUGAGGUCAGCUUGCUUGAACAAAGAGGUUUAUUUGAGAGAGGUGACCAAGAGAACAGUCAACUGGAAAUGGCAUCCUCAAAACAUCAAGAGCACCACAAAGUGGAGUCACCAUUUCCAGUAUUCAACUCUGUACCUCCUGGAAUACCCGAAACAUCCCUGCUGCCCCUCCAUGGUAUGGACCAGCACUUGGUCACUCUGGAUAGCCAAACAUUAGAGCCUCUUCAACAGGCAGAUGAUCUACAGGACUCCAAGAGUCAGAUGAGAGUCUUUAGAGACCCUCUCCAGGAUGAUACUGGUUUAUAUGUCAUGGAAGAGGUAACUUCUUCUGAGGAUCGUCUCAAGACUUACUCUGCAGCAUUUAAGCAGGAGUUGAAAGAUGUCAUUCUCUGUAUUUCUCCUGUAAUGACAUUUCGUGAACCAUUUCUUUUGACUGAAAAAGGCAUGAGGUGCCCUGCCCGGGAAUACUUCCCUGAGCAAGUUUACUGGUCUCCUCUCCUCAAUAAGGAAUACAAGGAGUUGGAGAGCAGAAGGAAGAGACAAUUAUUGCGGGAUCUCUCCGGACUACAAGGGAUGAAUGGGAGUAUCCAAGCCAAGGCUAUCCAAAUCUUACCUUCUCACGAGUUGGUUAAUACUAGAAUAGCAGAACACCUAGGUGAUAGCCAGAGCUUAGCCAGAAUGCUGGCUGACUAUAGGGCCAGAGGAGGGAGGAUACUACAAAAAAGCACAGAUCCCUUUGCCCAAAGUAAGGAUGCGUGUAGUGUCCCUACUGGAAAAACUGGGUACAGAAUUGAAGAGGAUGAGAAGGGACUAGCUCAGAGCGAAUCCUCAUGGUCUCAUAAGGUGGAUUGCCUCAGUCCAGUAAACCAUCAGAGGCUCUGUGUUCUCUUCAGUAGCUCUUCUGCUCAAUCCAGCAAUGCUCCAAGUGCCUGUGUUAGCCCCUGGUAUGAAAACUACUCCUCUACACCUUGUAUAGUUGCUAUCUUUUUUCCUAAGUCAAGGAUUGUGACCAUGGAGUUCUAUGGGAAAAAUGACCUGACUCUAGGGAUUUUUCUGGAGCGCUACUGUUUCAGGCCUUCCUACCAGUGCCCCAGCAUGUUCUGUGAAACACCAAUGGUGCACCACAUUCGUCGCUUUGUUCAUGGGCAAGGCUGUGUGCAAAUCGUGUUAAAGGAGCUGGACUCCCCGGUCCCUGGGUACCAGCACACCAUUCUUACUUACUCCUGGUGUAGACUGUGCAAACAGGUGACACCGGUUGUUCCCCUUUCCAAUGAUUCUUGGUCUAUGUCUUUCGCAAAAUACCUUGAGCUGAGAUUCUAUGGGCACCAGUACACUCGAAGGGCCAAUGCAGAGCCUUGUGGUCAUUCCAUUCACCAUGACUAUCACCAGUAUUUUUCCUAUAAUCAGAUGGUGGCAUCUUUCAGCUACUCUCCAAUCCGGCUGCUUGAAGUGUGUCUCCCACUCCCCAAGAUCUACAUCAAACGGCAGGCUCCAUCAAAGGUUACUAUUUUGCAGGAUCUCAAGGAUUUCUCUCAAAAGGUGUCACAAGUGUAUCUUGCUGUUGAUGAUCGCCUUGCUUCUCUGAAAACGGAUACUUUCAGCAAAACAAGAGAAGAGAAGAUGGAAGACCUCUUUGCCCAAAAGGAGAUGGAAGAGGGGGAGUUUCGAAACUGGACUGAGAAAAUCCAAGCAAGGCUGCUUUCAUCAUCAAUAGACACACCUCAACAGCUGCAAUCUGUUUUUGAGUCUCUGAUAGCUAAAAAGCAAGGACUUUGUGAGAUGCUACAAGCCUGGAAUAAUAGACUGCAGGAUCUCUUCCAACAAGAGAAAGGGAGAAAACGUCCAUCAGUACCACCCAGCCCUGGGAGACUGAGGCAAGGUGAAGAAAGCAAGAUCAGUAGCAUGGAUGCUUCCCCCCGCAAUGCUUGUCCAGCACUGCAAAAUGGAGAGAAAGAGGAUCGUUUCCUGACUACUUUAUCAAGUCAGAGCUCCACAGGCUCCAGUCAUCUUCAGCUGCCCACACCUCCAGAGGUUGUAUCGGAACAUAUGACUGGUGCCAACACACUGUCUGAACAGGAUACAACAAGCAGCUCAGAAGUUAUCUCUGUUCCAGAUGUGUUUGAUGGACACUCACUGGGAUCUACAGACAGCCAAGUGAAGGAGAAGUCUACUAUGAAAGCUAUUUUGGCUAACUUUUUGCCUGGAAACAACUAUAACCCCAUUCCAUUUCCCUUACCUCUUCCAAGGGUUGGACUCAAAUUGACAUUGUCUGGGUGUAGGUCAGGUUCAAUGGCUACUGCAUGUGCCCUCAAGUACCCCUCUCAUGUGAAAAUGGGCAGGCUGGAAAGUCUUUCAGCUACUUGUGACCCAGAUAAGCACUACCUAAUGUAUGAGCAUGAACGUGUACCUAUUGCAGUCUGUGAGAAAGAACCAAGCUCCAUCAUAGCUUUUGCUCUCAGUUGCAAGGAGUACAGAAAUGCCCUGGAUGAGUUGUCCAAAGCAUCUCUGAAGAACAGUUCUGAAGAAGGACUGCAGCCGAACAGCAUGUCAGACAGCAAACCAAAGAGCAGUAGCCCUGUCCGCCUGCCUGAGGCUAACAUGGGUCCUUCAAAUCGCAAUGCGGAGUCAGAACAGCCAAAGAAACCAUCUGGUGUUUUGUCUUUCUUCCGUGGCACGGGGGGGAAGAGCCCAGACCUGUCUUCCCAGAAGAAAGAGACCUUACGUGGUGCUGACAGUGCCUACUACCAGGUUGGCCAGAUGGGCAAAGAGGGAGCAGAAAACCAAGGAGCAGAGCCUCAAGAUGAUGUAGAUGGAGGAGAUGGACAGAAGAAACAGCUGGUGAAUCCCCAUGUGGAACUCCAGUUUUCAGAUGCGAAUGCCAAGUUCUACUGCCGGAUUUAUUAUGCUGGCGAGUUUCACAAGAUGCGUGAAGUGAUACUGGGGAGCAGUGAAGAGGACUUCAUCCGAUCCCUCUCUCACUCUAUGCCUUGGCAAGCACGAGGUGGCAAAUCUGGGGCUGCGUUCUAUGUGACUGAGGAUGAUAGAUUCAUCUUGAAGCAGAUGCCUCGUCUGGAAGUUCAGUCAUUCCUUGACUUUGCUCCACACUACUUCACUUAUAUCAUUAAUGCAGUUCAGCAGAAGAAGCCCACAGCACUGGCCAAAAUCCUUGGGGUAUAUCGAAUUGGAUACAAGAACUCUCAAAACAACACUGAAAAGAAGCUGGAUCUGCUUGUCAUGGAAAACCUUUUCUACGGCAGGAAAAUGGCUCAGGUUUUUGACCUGAAGGGCUCCCUCAGGAAUAGAAAUGUUAAAACAGACACAGGCAAGGAAAGCUGUGAUGUAGUCCUGCUGGAUGAGAACCUUCUGAAGAUGGUCCGGGACAAUCCUUUGUACAUCCGUUCCCAUUGCAAGGCUGUGCUGAGAGCUUCCAUACACAGUGAUUCCCAGUUCCUCUCCAGCCACCUCAUCAUUGACUAUUCCCUGCUGGUGGGUCGUGAUGAUACCAACAAUGAACUGGUUGUUGGGAUCAUUGACUAUAUUCGCACUUUUACCUGGGACAAAAAGCUUGAAAUGGUGGUGAAGUCAACUGGCAUCUUGGGAGGACAAGGUAAGAUGCCAACUGUGGUCUCUCCAGAACUGUACCGGACCAGGUUUUGUGAAGCUAUGGACAAAUAUUUCCUGAUGGUGCCAGACCAUUGGACAGGACUGGGCCUGAAUUGCUAAGCUAAAGCCCAUAUUGGGAAAGCACAAGAGGACAAUGACAUUACAGUCCACUCUCUUCCUGUGGUCUGUCCAACAGUAAGCAAGAGGAUUGCAGUUCCAUGUCUACACUGACCAUGUGCGUCAUGUUGUGAAGUGUGAAAUCUGCGUGUUGCACUUUAAUCCUCUCUUGGAGGCUGAUAAGUGAACCAGCCUCACUAAGUAUCUAUGCUGUAAGGUACCACUGAACAGCAUUGAUAAGAGACAUUCCCUCUGUCAGUAGGGAAGGUGAUGCUAUCUCUGUGUAAAAGCACUGAAACAGAUACUAUCCAGUUCAUGAUGGUGUAGAAGUACAUGAUCUCUCUUAAGUCUUGCACUGCCUAAGUGGUGUUGAAUACAAGCAGCUCAUGUUUCUGUAGUGGAUACAUGGUACUGCAAAUGUGAAAUAAACCCCCCUCUGUGGGGGUGGGUGGGUGAGAGAAGAAUGAAAUUAAUUCCUGAGUUCUGCUAUUGUUGUCAGUGGUCUGUAGUUGACCUGUUUAGGAUCCUUGAAUAACUUGUCCUGCUUAUGCUCUGUAACUUCAAUUUUUCCUGGGUUCUGUAAACAUGGGGUUUUUUGGUUUUGUUUGUUUGGUUUUUUUUUAAAAGACAGCUCCACAGCUGUAAUGCCAUAUCACUACAUCUUUUAAGUUAUAUUACUGCAGUACAACUCUGUCUUUAUCAGUCAUAAUUUCAUUUUAGCUGAAUCCCAUAAAAAUGGGUUGUCAGUCAUCAGCAUACUGCAAAACCCAAAACAUAUCCCUUCAAUCCUAAACAGUACUUUAAUCUGAAUGUUGCCCAAAUCCCUGAAAACAGCUAACUAAAAAAUAUACCCUUUAACUUAACAAGACUUGAUUAAUUAGUUAUGAAGCUGAUUAACCCUUUCCUUAGCAGAAGGCACUAAGUUGCUAGACAAAAUGAAGCAUACUGCCUUAGAGUGACAACUUUCUCCUUAAUGAAACCAUCAUUCCUGGCAGAUCAUUUCAAAUCCAUUUCAGUUCCCCAGGACUUUCAAACAAUGCAUUUACCUCAUGGUGAAACUUUGCCGGGAGAAUAUUUUUCUUGCAUGCAUGACAUACUGAUGAGAAUGAGCAUCCAGAUCUCAUCACACUGUGCAGUCCCAGUGGAAAAACUGAUUCUUCAGCAGUAUUAGAAUUUUUUUUUUGCACCACUGAGAUGAAUGUAGUCAUGUUUUUCUGUAAAAAGAAAAAACUGAACUAACAGGUAUCUUGUAUGAUGGACAAGAUGUGCAGAGAUGUGUGAAUCUCUAUGUUAUGACAAUAAGCACUUCUUUCCAUUUUUAUUAAUUUUUACCUGGUUUUGUAGGUGAUGAGUUUACUUUUUAGCUUCGUUAUAAUAUAGGCCAGUAGAUAAGAGAGUUUUUUAUGAGUUUGAGAGGCAAGAAUACUGUUCUUUGACUUCCAGUCUCUGAUGGAAGGACUUCAAACGAACAUGGAGUUUGGGAGCUCUUUAUGACCACUUGCUCAUUCUGACCAGUUGCCUGGUAAUGCCAUCUUCACUGUAACUAUGGAUUGAAAUUUGCAUUUUGUUCGCUCCUCCUGUGUUCAGUAUUUUCUUCUGCAGCAGAUGGUGAUGACUCUGUUCAGGAGCAACAGCUGGGCAGUACUGAGAAUGGAAAAUGGCAGCAGUGAGAAUUGAACUGUUGGCUCCAAAAACAACCAGUGCAGCUCAGGUCUGAGCUUCCAGGAGGCAACAGUCAUUUGUGUUGGAAGAAGUCUUCCCCACCCCACUGCAAAGCCCUGCUGGAGAAUAAGCAAAGAUGCUGACCUUGAAGCAGCAGAAAUGAAAGUAUUCUCACUUCCUCUGUACAAUGUAAUCAUUGUUUCUGGGGGUGCAGUGAUGUGUGCUGUGGAAAGAUGAUGCAGUACUUCUUGCUUCCUCUGGCCCAGAAUCCCUUUGGUCCAACACAGUGCAUCAGGUACAGCUGACCACCUCUUGGACACAUCCUGCCUCUUGUGUUGAAAUGUAGGAUGACUGGCUGUGUGGGGGGCCUUGUGUAAUGAGGAACCAACCAGUCCAUCAGCUCAAUGCUACUCUUACUUCCGUGACUUUUACUUUCUGUCUUGGCUCAUUGAUGUGAAAGACCAUGCCAUGCAGCCUGAGUCUGUUCCAGUCUUGGUUAAAUUUACAGGUAUUCUUCCUCCUUCGCCUCUUGAAGUUUACAGGGAGAAAACUUGACUUGCUUGCCUAGCUAAGGUAACCCAACAGCAGCUGGCUAUGUUAUCUUCCACCUUUUGUCAGUAUGUGGAUUGGUUGUUGAAGCAUGAAUAUGGGCAGCGUCAUGGCAUCUGCACUAGGCUAAUGUAGAGCUGUGAUGUGCUAGCCCUGUCCUGUCACCAGUAACCUUACUCCAGUGAUGUGUGGCUGCUCUAUACUGCUUGUCUUCCAGAGUCUCAAGCAGCUGGCUUUAAAGCAACACGAUCAUCUGACUGUAGCUAAUGUUCCCCUGUACGUGACAGCAUGAGGCCCUCAGCACUGUAAAAGAGAACCUUCCACUGGCCAGCUCUUUUACAGCCUGUAAACACAGAGCCCAAACGUGUGAAUUGUGACCACCUUGGGCUGAUGCUAUAGCAGUUGGAGGGGUUUGCAGGAGCGAUCUUGAGCUGGCAUCAACAGCUAACUUUGGGUCAGGAUGUGGCUGAUAGACUAGUCCUGACCAGACUGGAGUAAAUAGCAAACCUACUAGUCAUGGGUAACACAGUAGCUGCAGUAUCAACUGGAAUUGGGACAUCUUUGGGUGCCAUGUGACAUAAAGUUGUAAGCAUUUCUAGUUCAAAUCCCAGCAGUUGAACAGAUCUCCUCAAAUGUUCCCCUUUCAGAGUAAGAAUUGUCCUGGCAUUUCACUUGCUACAAAGCUGACUUUCUCAAAAGGAGAGUAGUACUUCAUGCAGAAGAGAUCUUUGAGAGCUCCUUGUGGGGCUGUGUUAGGUUUGUGUCCCUGCAGCAUGCCUAAGGAUGUCCUAGGGGAACAGUCUGGGUAUUAUAUGAGCCCUUUGAUUAGAGGUUUUUUUUUUUAUUUCUUUAUAACAAGUUUAGCAUAUAUGUGUGUAAGCAAAUCCUAGUUGCAAACAUGAAGACUGCAUUUCUUCAGAGCUACACUAGCUCUUUUUCUUCUGUUGUUUUGAUCUGAGGCCUUGUGACAAAUGUCUAAAUCUUGUCCCAGUCAGAAGCGAUGGCUUGCUUUGAGUCAUUGUGUAGACAGCAGAAUGCCUUGUAGUGGCCCAGCGAUGUAUUCUGUCCCCCAAAAGCACAUGAGGGACUUGUGCUGGUUAAGUAGAUCUGCUGGGCUCAGGGGAGUUACCUGUGGAGUGGACUCUCCCCUGUGAGAAUGACCAAAACCAAAUGAAUCACUCACUAGCAGGUGGCCAGACCAAUCAUUAUUCAGAGCACUUAAUGUACCAUAAUGUAUGUAUUUCCAAUUUACCUUGGUUCAGCUGUAUUUUAUAAAAUUGAUGUACUAAACUAUUUGAGAAUAACUGCCUUGACUACUUGGAGAAUCUAAAUGUAAUGUAUAUAGAUAUAAAUAAAGUGACUAAAAUAUA